AUGGACCUCGUGCUCAACGUUGCCGACGACCUUCUCCUUGACCAAGUCUGGGCGAGCGUAUUGCCGGCGUCUGCUUUCGCGUUACCUCCAACUGCGGCGUUCGUUAAGGCGUCCCUUAACAGCUCGUCACAUUUACCUAUCAUAGCCUCAGAUGCCUCCAAGUGGUCCCAGCUAAUAUCAUAUAUCCCUCACCCUCCCCUCUCCGUUGACUACCUUGCGUCCGACGAGCUCGCCCUCUCCUACGCAUCCGCGUGGCCGCGCGACUACAUCCCACGCCAGCUGAUCUCCCUCUUCGUCGUCACGCUCAUCGGCAUCCACAUCCUCUACUUCGUGUUCGCAUGGCUAUCGUACAAGUAUAUAUUCAAUCACGAGAUGAUGAAGCACCCGAAGUUCUUGAAGGAUCAAGUCAAGGCCGAGAUUCAUCACAGCCUGCAGGCCUUUCCCCUGAUGACUCUCUUUACUCUGCCGUGGUUUGAAGCAGAGGUGAUGGGCUAUUCGAAGCUGUAUGACAACGUGGACGAGUAUGGGUGGGGCUAUCUCCUGUUCUCAGUAUUUUGGUUCCUUGUCUUCACAGACUUCGGAAUCUACUGGAUUCAUCGUUGGGAGCACCACCGGCUCUGGUACAGGUGGCUACACAAACCGCACCACAAGUGGAUCGUGCCCACGCCCUUUGCGUCUCACGCCUUUCACCCGCUCGAUGGCUACUUCCAAUCCCUCCCAUAUCACUUCUUCAUCUUCAUCUUCCCCAUGCACCGCGUGCUCUAUCUCGGCCUCUUCGUGUUCGUCAACUUCUGGUCUAUUCUCAUUCAUGACUCCGACAUGAUCACCGGCCACCCCCUCGAGACCAUCAUCAACGGGCCUGCGCACCACACACUGCAUCACCUCUACUUUACUGUCAACUAUGGCCAAUACUUCACUUGGGCAGACCGCAUGGGUCACUCGUACCGUCAACCGCUCUCCGAGCUUGAUCCGCUGCUCGAAGUCCACGCUGCUGACGCGAAAAAGCAAAAGGAAGCACUGGGCAAGGAUCAGUGA